ACCCUCGGUAACGCCUUCGACCGCGCGACACCCGCCGGAGAACGCUUUUAUCAUCACCUCCUGGAAGCAAGCUGCCGAACCGCGGCGGGCAGCAUGCGGGACUACGACGAGGUGACCGCCUUCCUGGGAGAGUGGGGGCUCUUCCAGCGCCUCAUCUUCUUCCUGCUCAGCGCCAGCAUCAUCCCCAACGGCUUCAAUGGCAUGUCCGUCGUGUUCCUGGCAGGGACCCCGGAGCACCGCUGCCGGGUGCCGGACACCGUGAACCUGAGCCGCGCCUGGCGCAACCACAGCGUCCCGCGGAGGCUGCAGGACGGCCGCGAGGUGCCUCACAACUGCCGGCGCUACCGGCUCGCGGCGAUCGCCAACUUCUCGGCGCUCGGGCUGGAGCCGGGGCGCGACGUGGAUCUGGAGCAGCUGGAGCAGGAGAGCUGCCUGGAUGGCUGGGAGUUCAGCCAGGACGUCUACCUGUCCACCAUCGUGACCGAGUGGAACCUGGUGUGUGAGGACGACUGGAAGGCCCCGCUGACAGUGUCCUUGUUUUUCGUGGGUGUGUUGGUGGGCUCCUUCGUUUCGGGGCAGCUCUCAGACAGGUUUGGUCGGAAGAACGUGCUGUUUGUGACCAUGGCCAUGCAGACAGGCUUCAGCUUCCUGCAGAUCUUCUCCAAGAACUUCGAGAUGUUUGCUGUGCUGUUUUUCCUUGUAGGCGUGGGCCAGAUCUCCAACUAUGUGGCAGCAUUUGUCCUGGGAACAGAAAUUCUUGGCAAGUCAGUGCGUAUUAUAUUCUCUACGUUAGGAGUGUGCAUAUUUUAUGCAGUCGGCUACAUGCUGCUGCCACUGUUUGGUUACUUCAUCAGAGACUGGCGGAUGCUGCUGCUGGCGCUGACGGUGCCGGGGCUGCUGUGCGCGGUGCUCUGGUGGUUCAUCCCUGAGUCCCCCCGAUGGCUCAUCUCUCAGGGACGAUUUAAAGAGGCAGAGGUGAUCAUCCAUAGGGCUGCCAAAAUCAAUGGGAUUGUUGCACCCUCAACCAUCUUUGAACCAAGUGAGCUACAAGACCUAAGUUCCCAGAAGCAGCAGUCCCACAGCAUCCUGGAUCUGUUCCGAACCCGGAAUAUACGAAUGGUCACCAUCAUGUCCAUAAUUCUGUGGAUGACCAUAUCAGUGGGCUAUUUCGGGCUCUCCCUGGACACUCCUAACUUGCAUGGCGACGCCUAUGUGAACUGCUUCCUAUCGGCAGUGGUUGAAGUCCCAGCCUAUGUGAUGGCCUGGCUGCUGCUGCAGCACGUGCCCCGGCGCUAUUCCAUGGCCAUGGCCCUCUUCCUGGGCGGCAGUGUCCUCCUGUUCGUGCAGCUCGUGCCCCCAGACUUGUAUUAUUUGUCCACCGUCCUGGUGAUGGUGGGCAAGUUUGGAGUCACUGCUGCAUUUUCCAUGGUCUACGUGUACACAGCUGAGCUGUACCCCACAGUGGUCAGAAAUAUGGGCGUGGGAGUCAGCUCCAUGGCAUCCCGCCUGGGCAGCAUCCUGUCCCCCUACUUCAUUUACCUUGGUGCCUACGACCGCUUCCUGCCCUACAUUCUCAUGGGAAGUUUGACCAUCCUGACAGCCAUCCUCACCUUGUUCCUCCCAGAGAGCUUUGGCAUCCCCCUCCCAGACACCAUUGACCAGAUGCUAAGGGUCAAAGGAAUAAAAUACAGGCAAACUCCAAGCCACACAAGGAUGUUAAAAGAUGGUGAAGAAAGCCCCACAGUCCUUAAAAGCACAGCCUUCUAACAACCUUGAGGGAGUGAGAAAGCGAAGAGGAAAGACUGGGUCUUAUCAGAAAUGGUUUGUGUAGACGCUGAGUCCUUCGGUGACAAAGGUCUUUGCUGCUCAUUCUGUUGACCCUUUGCCUUGCUCGUGGAUGGGCACCUGACUCAGAGGCUGCGUGUGGUCCUAGAGCUAGAGUGCCACCUUCCCUCCAGCGACACCGUGGCUACGGACAGACAACUUUAGAGAAAUCCCAAUUCAGUGAUGGACAGGGCACUUCCUAAGAAGUGAACUAGAACCAUUGGGAUUUGGAAGACUUUGAGAGGCAUCUGCUAAAUUUACAUUUUAAUUUUAGACUUCCUGAAAAGGCCCUCAAUAAAACUGGAGGCCUAAAUUCCAUCCCCUAAAUCUUUUCUCCCUUUCCCUUUAAUGGUGCACUUUAGAGGAAAUCAUUUCAGCCCUGGCUGGUGAUCUCAGUGGUUAGUGCCGGCCCAUGCACUGAUGGGUCUUGCGUUCCAUUCCUGGUCAAGGGCAUUUACCUGGGUUGCAGGUUCUAUCCCCAGCCCC